UUUUUCCAUCAUUCCAACAAAUUAACAAACUCAUUGCUCAUUCAUACACCUAAAUCAUUUUUUUUUUGGUUUAUCAUUCAUAUACCAAACAUGGGAUCCAACUCAUUUAACUUUUUGUAUGUUAAUAGACCAUCAAACCCUUCCCAUGUACUUACCUUCCAUUCUACUGCUAAAUGGAAUGCUCAUUUUGCUGCUUUCAAAGAAACUGAUAAAUUGAUGGUUAUUGAUUUCACAGCUAAAUGGUGUCGACCUUGCAAACUUAUGGACCCAAUUAUGCAAGAGUUUGCUUCAAAAUACACUCAUGUUGAGUUCAUUAAGCUUGAUGUGGAUGAGAUAAUGGGAGUGUCUCAAAGAUUUGAGGUGCAUGCAUUGCCAACUUUCAUACUUGUUAAGAAAGGAAAAGUUGUUGAUAAAGUGGUUGGGGUUAAAAAGGAAGAGCUACGAAGGAUGAUUGAAAAAAAUAGAAACUAAAGUUUAUGAUCAUGCACUGCAACACAAACAGAGUUUUUGCAGUACAUUCUUCCUUCACUACAAGCUCAGAAUGCUGCAACAAGUUGGUGCCAUAAUAUUCACUCAAAUAAGGUGUCAUUCUUUUAUCAUUUAAGAUGAUACAAUGUAAUAUGUUAUGAACUACUAUCAAUAAAAUUGGAUUCUUCUAUGUUA